AUGAUUCUGCGACCGGCUACGAGGAGGAUUGGCUACUUCUUCCUCCUCUUUCUUUUAGCGACUUAUAUCCAGCAGUCGACUGCGUCGUUAGGGGACCACCUUCCUGACUUUAGAUCGUGUGUCAAGAUAUGCCAAAGUGAAAAUUGCCACGAUGGGGACUCAGCCAUACCGUUCCUUCUGCGCCUAAUGCUCUGGUCGUGUCCCGCCGAAUGUGACUAUACUUGCCAACAUGUCGUGACAGAUCGACGAGUUGCGCGCGAUCCACCGAUGCUUAGUCCUGUGGUUCAGUUUCAUGGGAAAUGGCCAUUUCGCAGAGUCCUUGGGAUGCAAGAGUUGUUUUCGGUUAUCUUCUCGGGACUCAAUUUUCUUGCACAUUGGCAUGGGAUGUCUCGGCUUCGUGAAGCGACUCCUUUAUGGCACCCUCUACAAAAAUACUACAUCGCGUUUGGAUACUGCGGCCUAGCGGCAUGGACUUUCAGCAUGAUCUUUCACGCUCGGGACUUUCCCUUGACUGAGAAGUUAGAUUAUUACGGGGCCGGCGCCAGCGUACUGUACGGGCUAUACCUCGCUACUGUGCGAAUCUUCCGUUUGGACUUGGAGGAACCGAGACACAAGCCGACGCUGCGGCGGCUUUGGACGACAAUAUGCGUCCUACUCUACGUCAUACAUGUCUGCUAUCUCAGCUUCUGGUCGUGGGACUACACCUACAAUAUGAUUGCAAACAUCGUGGUUGGCAUGAUCCAGAACACCUUGUGGAUCGUUUUCAGCGUUGUCCGAUACCAAAAAACUGGGAAGUCCUGGACACUUUGGCCAGCAUUUAUUGUGGUUUGGAUUAUCCUAGCCAUGAGCCUCGAACUCCUAGACUUCCCGCCGUGGCACGCGCUGAUUGAUGCCCAUAGCCUGUGGCAUUUGGGAACCGUUAUCCCAUGUGCGUGGUGGUACCUGUAUCUCGUUAAAGAUGUCCAAGAUGACAUGGCUGGCCAAAGGUUGAAAGCUUAA